AUGACAUUUGUGGGUCCUGCAGGUUUAGAACCCUGUGGGGCCCAUGGUGUGUCUCCCCCCGUCAAUAUCAUCAAUACUAACCAUUCCAGCACCACCACAUCCAUGUACGGCACCCACACACCCUAUCACUCCCAUUCCCCACCCUGCCCACUAAACACGCCUGGCACAUAA